UUCCCAAAAUAUGGGUCAAAAUAAGAUUUGUCACCAAAAAUCAUUCCAUUAGCUCAAACAGAGAGAGUUGUGGCCAAAAUAAGACUCAACUUUACCCCCUAGUGGACGAAAACGUCCUCAACAACGCACAAGGGUUAAGUGUAUUCAGUAAAAAAUAUAUAUACAGUAUAUAUAUAAUGCUCUCAGUACCAAACUUAAUUUACAAUGUUGGUAUUAGUUUGAAUUGGGGCACACUUUUUUUUAAACACUUAGGAAUUAAAAAUUGUUGUAAUUGUAAUUACUGUAUUUAGCAUGGUGGUGUGUAUGUUUGUUUCAGCUCGUGGCGGUAAUCAUGACAAUCCUGAUUCUCUCCAGUUUAAAUGUGAAUAUCAGCCGUUGGCCACAGGACUGAUGUUCAACAACUCUGAAAAGACCAACUGUGAGCAAGAUCUUGACACCUUCCUACUGCAGUUCAGUGCAUAUGCCUCCCAGGAGAGUCCCCAGGUCAUCAAUGACACAGACAUGGUUCUGAAAGAACAUGACUACAGUGGCUGCAGAUAGUGGGGUGGCUGAGAGAGGCCCCCCUUCAACACACAGACAGUGUUAUCCCCACCAAACAAAACCAUGCUAUGGAGACCAUGAAGAUACAAUGAAUUACACUGAGAUCAGGGAGAGAGAGUUUCCCUUGAUCAAUAAAUCAGAGAGGCCAGAGAGAAUCCUCAGCCAGGACAAGCCUUCUACCUCUAGUAAUGCUCAGGAUCUCAAAAUUCAAGGAAAGGGCUCAGCCAGGACCAGCUAUCUCCAAGAACAUGAGAGCAGGAAUGCUCUCCUGGAGCUUGACAACCCUCCUGAAGAUGAGGACGUACUGAGCAACACACCAAUGUCAUCAGUGCCUGCCUUUCAACACAGUGAAAAUGUGCUGGUGUACGUGGCUGUUUACAUUGGCAGUAAAGUGGUGGGAAAAUUUGGUGACAGUAAUGAAUGUCCACUUUUCACUACAGCUGUUUCCACUAUCCCUGAUUUGAGGUACACUUUUUUGAAAGAAAAACUAUACACUGACCUCACUUUGGGGGAGAAAGGCCUAAAAGUGCCCACCACUGAACUGGUAGAUUUCAUCAUAGCCCUGGAGUCAAACUUUAGGAGAAAAAUCAGGUCAGUCAUCCACACAGUUGGUCUGGGAAGGAAGCUAUUUAAUAGCGGCAUGGAGGUGUACAACAGUGAGUGCAGGGAAGUUGUGUGUGUCAAGGAAAAGCGCAAAACACUCUUGUAUACAUGGUGAAGCUAUUUAAUAGAGUCAGAAUCCAUCAUAUAUUACGGACCCAAAAUCGACAACUCUCACAACCCAAACAGAAGCGCAACAGAAAUUUUUUAAAGCUAAGUCAUCUGUAAUUCCGUACAUUAACUCUCUCUUUCUGUAUCAAAUGUAACGUGUUGUUCAAAGUUUUGAUCAGUCAAGAUUAAUUAAGUUAUAAUAA